UUAGCUUGUUACAAACAGUUGAAAAAUAUGAUAUUAAUUUGGGUCGAUGGUCACAAAUGGCACCAAUGUUAACUCCACGUUCAGGAGCUGGUUGUGCAACAGUUGAUCAUUAUAUAUUUGCUUGUGGUGGAUUUGAUGGAACAAUUCAUUUAUCAAGUGUAGAACGAUAUGAUAGUCAAAUAAAUCAAUGGACAAAUGUGACAAGUAUGUCUGUUCGACGAUGUUAUUGUGGUUCAGCAUUUAUUCGAGGUCGUAUAGCUGUUAUUGGUGGUUAUGAUGGAACAUCUUUACUUGAUACAGUUGAAGUUUAUGAUAGUGAUAAAGAUGAAUGGACAAUUGAAAGUCAAAUGUUAACACCGAGAUGUGAUUCAGGUUUUGCUUGUGUCGCUUAUCGACAAUAG